AUGUCACCAGCUUCGGCGAGGAAAAGAGAGGAAGAACCUGGUGGUCACGACGAGGAGGAGGAUGAGACGACGACGAAGAGUAAGAAGCGAACUUUAGUGGUGGUAAACGAGGACUCGGGCGGUCUCGACCCCGAGCUCGCGACAAAACUUCCCCGUCGACACCAAAUCAAAACGGACGAAGAUUUCCUUCUCAAGUCCGGCUGCGCGCGCAUACACCCCGCGAAUCAGUUCCAGCACGGGUGUUUGCACGAUAUGGUCUGCCCGGAGAACUACCAACCGUCGAAGAAGAAAAUGCCGAAAGUACCGGCGAAGAAAUAUCCGUUCGAAUUGGACACGUUUCAGGAGCAAUCCGUGCUCUGCUUGGAAAGGCAAGAGUCGGUGUUGGUGUCGGCGCACACAUCGGCCGGGAAAACGGUCGUCGCGGAAUACGCCAUCGCGAUGGCAAAAAGAGACGGGCAGAGAGUGGUGUACACGAGUCCUCUGAAAGCGUUAUCGAAUCAGAAGUAUCGAGAGUUGAAGGAGGAGUUUUCGGACGUCGGGUUGAUGACGGGAGAUACGGUUAUAAAUCCCAACGCGAGUUGUUUGGUGAUGACGACGGAGGUGUUAAGGAGCAUGUUGUAUAAAGGCGGGGAGGUCACCAGAGAGGUUGGGUGGGUGAUUUACGACGAAAUUCAUUACAUGAGAGAUAAGGAGAGAGGGGUUGUGUGGGAAGAAAGCAUCGUGUUGUUGCCGGAUACGGUGAAGUACGUGUUUUUAUCGGCGACGAUUCCAAACGCGAGAGAGUUUAGCGAGUGGGUGUGUAAAGUGCACGAUAUUCCGUGUCACAUCGUGUAUACUGAUUUUCGGCCGACGCCGUUGGAACACUACAUUUACCCGAGCGGCGGAGAUGGGAUAUUUUUGAUCGUGGAUAAAACAAGCGCGUUUAAGGAGGAUAAUUUUUUGAAAGCGAUUUCAAUCGCCAACGAGAAAGGCGCGGAGGUGGCGCAAGCGAGGACGGCGGCGAGGAAAGCGAGCGAGAUGAACGGUGGAGAUGGAACGCAGGCAAAGUUAGCGCAAAACACGGACGUUUUUAAGAUUAUUAAGAUGAUUGUAGAUAGGAAUUACGAUCCAGUGAUUGUGUUUGCUUUUAAUAAAGGCGAGUGCGAAUCGUUUGCAAACGCGUUGCACAAGGUGGACUUGUGCGACGAGAACGAGAAAGAGAUGAUCGAUGCGAUUUAUUGGAACGCGAUGGAUGCGUUGAGUGAGAGCGAUAAGAAGUUACCGCAGGUUGCGUCGAUGCCAAACUUGUUGAGGAGAGGGUUAGGCGUUCACCACAGCGGGUUGUUGCCAAUUUUGAAAGAAGUGAUUGAAAUUUUGUUUCAGGAGGGUCUGAUUAAAGUUUUGUUCGCCACGGAGACCAUGUCGGUUGGUUUAAACAUGCCGGCGAGAACUUGCGUAUUCGCGUCGCCGAGAAAGUUUGAUGGCACCGGGUUUCGUUGGAUUACGAGUGGAGAGUACACGCAAAUGAGUGGCAGAGCCGGGAGAAGAGGAAAAGACGAUCGCGGUUUGGUCGUGCUCAUGGUAGAUGAAAAAAUGGACGCGCCGACGGCGAAAGAUAUGUUGAGAGGCCGAUCAGAUCCGUUGGAUUCGGCGUUUCACGUGAGUUACGCGACGUUGUUGAAUUUGAUGCGCGUGGAAGGCGCGGAACCGGAAGAUAUGAUUAUGAAUUCGUUUGCGCAGUUUCAAAACAUGCGACGAGUGCCGCAGUUGGAAGCGAAAGUUGCGCUUUUGGAGAAGAAAAGAGACGAGAUUAAGAUUGAACACGAAGAGCAGGUGAAUGAAUAUGUGAAGCUGAGAGAUGGUUUAGAUGCGUUGACGAGUGAACGACGCGCGAUCACGAAUUUACCGACCCAUAGCGUACCGUUUUUACAACCCGGUCGAUUGGUGCGCGUUUGCGUGGACGCGCCUGGUUCGUCUCUAUUUUCGAGCUCCGAUACAGAGGCUUUGACGCGGAUGACUGUAGAUGCAGACGACCAAUACGACGACGAAGUUCGUAAUCCGCUAUCGUUCGACGAAACGCUGCUAAGAAAAUCGGUCGAAGACGGUAACGAUAGCGUCUGGGGCGUCAUCGUCCAUUUUGAAAAAGUCGGGAGCAAGAAACAUUCAAAGCAUCAAAAGUAUUUGGUGGACGUUCUCGUGAAAUGCGCGGAAAAGUUGAAACUUUCGGAUGCCGAUCGCGAAACUUUAAAACUUAAUGACCCGGUGUUUUCGCUGUUGAACAGCUCAGAGCGACACAGUUUGUUGCAAUGCGAAGAAAAUAGAGUGGUGGACGAACUUCCCGCGGUUGAGUUUCGCGUAGUUCGCGUUCCUUUAGAGCAACUCGAUUGCAUGUCUUCGAUACGCGUAUACUUACCGAAAGAUUUAUACCCGAUCGAAGCACGAACACGUUGUGGAGCGUCUAUUAGAGAAGUUUUGAAACGGUUCGAGGAAAGAAGUAAAGAGGAACGAGAACGAAAAGAACAAAAAGAAGAAGAGGAAGAAGAUGAAAUUGUCAUUCCGAUGCUCGACGCCGAGAAAGAUAUGAAAGUUACCGAUAAAGCCUACGCAAAAACUGUCCAAAAGAUUCAAAUGCUUUCAAAAAUGAUGCAAGAUCAUGGUUUCAAAACGUCCGAAAAUGCCAUCGAAAGACUUAGAAAGCACGUCGAGAAAAGGCGCUUGGAGUACUUGGUCAAACACGCCAAAAAAGAAGUCACGGUGGCGUCUGGGAUGAUCAAAGCGGACGUCCUCAAACGCAUGCGACGCGUGUUGAGACGACUCGGGUACGUUUCCGAAGACGGCGUCGUCACUCAAAAAGGUAGGUGCGCGUGUGAGCUUGCCGGAGCGGACGAACUCGUCGCCACGGAGUUGAUUUUCAACGGUACGUUUAAAGCGUUGCCGUUACACAUGCUUGUCGCUACGGUUUCGUGUCUCGUUUGGAAAGAAAAAACGGGAGGAAAAGGAGGUAAAGAUGUCAACGGUAAGAAGCAAGGCAUGAACGUGAGCGAAGAUGUGUUCAGCGCGCACUCUAACGUGAAAGACGCGGCUCGAAAAGUGUUCAAGCAGCAGUUGGAGUGCAAGUUAAAAGUCGACGUCGAAGACUCGAUCGAGCGUUUGCGUUGGGACUUGAUGGAAGUCAUGCUUGCGUGGUGUAAAGGCAACACGUUUAGCGAGAUCAUGAAAAUGACCGAAGCAUUCGAAGGAUCAAUUGUGCGCGCGAUCAGGAGGAUUGAAGAGUUGAUGCGACAGCUCGCGUCGGCGUGUAAAGUCAUCGGAGAGUCGGAUUUGGAGAAGAAGUUUCUGGACGCCUGCGAGCUCGUGAAAAGAGACAUCGUCUUCACGCCGUCGCUCUUCGUGUAA